UUCCUGCGCGGCCAGACGGCGGGGACCGCAGAGGAGGCCGCGGGCGGCCGCAGGCCAGUCCUAACUGCCAGAGGGUGUGAGGUCCUUGGAGGAGGGACCCAGCCUCAGAGAAGAGUGGCUCCCGAGAAGAGGCAGCCGAGACCCCGAGGCCCCGGCAGGCAGGAAGGAUCCGCACGGGGUGGCACUGACUGAAGCCCCCAAAAGGAGCCUGGUGAUGCUGCCCGGGCUGUGAACAGGGGAGGCGGCGCUGCGGGGGCUGCCAGCAGCCGGAGCUGGGAGAGACAUGUGGACACGUGGCCUCUAUGGCUCCCGCCUGCCAGAUCCUCCGCUGGGCCCUCACCCUGGGGCUGGGCCUCGCGUUCGAGGCCACACAUGCCUUCCGGUCUCAAGAGGAGUUCCUGGCCAGUCUGGAGAGCUAUGAGGUCGCCUUCCCUACCCGAGUGGACCACAACGGGGCACUGCUGGCCUUUGCGCCCCCCACCACCCGGAGGCAGCGGCGGGGCACAGGAUCCACCGCAGAGGCCCGCCUGUUCUAUAAGGUGGCGGCACCCAGCACCCACUUCCUGCUGAACCUCACCCGCAGCCCCCGCCUCCUGGCAGGGCACGUCUCUGUGGAGUACUGGACUCGGGAGGGCCUGGCCUGGCAGAGGGCCGCCCGGCCCCACUGCCUCUACGCCGGCCACCUACAGGGCCAGGCCAGCAGCUCCCGUGUGGCCAUCAGCACCUGUGGGGGCCUGCAUGGCCUGAUUGUGGCAGAUGAAGAAGAAUACUUGAUCGAGCCCCUGCAAGGUGGGCCCAAGGGAGCUCGGGGUCCAGAGGAGAGUGGCCCCCACGUGGUGUACAAGCGUUCCUCCCUGCGCCACCCCCACCUGGACACAGCCUGUGGAGUGAGAGACGAGAAACCCUGGAAAGGGCGGCCGUGGUGGCUGCGCACCCUGAAGCCGCCCCCUGCCAGGCCCCUGGCCAACGAGACAGAGCGCAGCCAGCCGGGCCUGAAGCGCUCGGUCAGCCGGGAGCGCUAUGUGGAGACCCUGGUGGUGGCCGACAAGAUGAUGGUGUCCUACCACGGGCGGCGCGACGUGGAGCAGUACGUGCUGGCCAUCAUGAACAUUGUUGCCAAACUGUUCCAGGACUCAAGUCUGGGAAACAUCGUCAACAUCCUCGUGACGCGCCUCAUCCUGCUCACAGAGGACCAGCCCACCCUGGAGAUCACCCAUCACGCCGGGAAGUCCCUGGACAGCUUCUGCAAGUGGCAGAAGUCCAUCGUGAACCGCAGCGGCCACGGCAACGCCAUCCCGGAGAACGGCGUGGCCGACCACGACACCGCGGUGCUCAUCACACGCUACGACAUCUGCAUCUACAAGAACAAGCCCUGUGGCACUCUAGGCCUGGCCCCCGUGGGUGGGAUGUGCGAGCGGGAGAGGAGCUGCAGCAUCAAUGAGGACAUCGGCCUGGCCACCGCAUUCACCAUCGCCCACGAGAUCGGACACACGUUCGGCAUGAACCACGAUGGCGUGGGGAACAGCUGCGGCGCCCGUGGCCAGGACCCCGCGAAGCUCAUGGCCGCCCACAUCACCAUGAAGACCAACCCGUUCGUGUGGUCGUCCUGCAGCCGCGACUACAUCACCAGCUUCCUGGACUCGGGCCUGGGGCUCUGCCUGAACAACCGGCCCCCCAGACAGGACUUCGUGUACCCGACAGUGGCGCCUGGCCAGGCCUACGACGCGGAUGAGCAGUGCCGCUUCCAGCAUGGAGUCAAAUCGCGUCAGUGUAAAUACGGGGAGGUCUGCAGCGAGCUGUGGUGUCUGAGCAAGAGCAACCGGUGCAUCACCAACAGCAUCCCGGCCGCCGAGGGCACCCUGUGCCAGACGCACACCAUCGACAAGGGGUGGUGCUACAAGCGGGUGUGCGUCCCCUUUGGGUCGCGGCCGGAGGGCGUGGACGGGGCGUGGGGCCCCUGGACCCCGUGGGGCGACUGCAGCCGGACCUGCGGCGGCGGCGUCUCCUCCUCCAGCCGCCACUGUGACAGCCCCAGGCCAACCAUCGGCGGCAAAUACUGCCUGGGCGAGAGGCGGCGGCACCGCUCCUGCAGCACCGAGGACUGUCCCCCCGGCUCCCAGGACUUCCGGGAAAUGCAGUGUUCUGAAUUUGACAGCGUCCCCUUCCGUGGAAAGUUCUACACGUGGAAGACGUACCGAGGCGGGGGCGUGAAGGCCUGCUCGCUCACGUGCCUAGCGGAAGGCUUCAACUUCUACACGGAGAGGGCCGCGGCCGUGGUGGAUGGGACGCCCUGCCGCCCGGACACGGUGGACAUCUGCGUCAGCGGCGAGUGCAAGCACGUGGGCUGCGACCGUGUCCUGGGCUCCGACCUGCGUGAGGACAAGUGUCGGGUGUGCGGGGGCGACGGCAGCGCCUGCGAGACCAUCGAGGGGGUCUUCGGCCCAGACCUGCCCGGGGCCGGCUACGAGGAGGUCGUCUGGAUCCCCAAGGGCUCCGUCCACAUCUUCCUGCAGGACCUGAACCUCUCCCUCAGCCACCUGGCCCUCAAGGGGGACCAGGAAUCUCUGCUGCUGGAGGGGCUGCCUGGGACACCCCAGCCCCACCGCCUGCCCCUGGCUGGGACCACCUUUCAGCUGCGACAAGGACCAGACCAGACCCAGAGCCUAGAAGCCCUGGGCCCCAUUAAUGCGUCUCUGGUUGUCAUGGUAACGGGGGGCUGGGGGCAAGGUAUCGGAGGACACGAGGGUCCCAUGGGGCUCGGGCUCGACUGGAGAUGCCGGCCGACCUUCCAUCUGAUGCCCCCCGCCCAGGUGCUAGCCCACACAGAGCUGCCUGCCCUCCGCUACCGCUUCAACGCGCCCGUCGCCCGGGAUGCGCUGCCUCCCUACUCCUGGCACUACGCACUCUGGACCAAGUGCUCGGCCCAGUGUGCGGGUGGCAGCCAGGUGCAGGCCGUCGAGUGCCGAAACCAGCUGGACAGCUCGGCCGUGGCCCCCCACCACUGCAGCGCCCACAGCAAGCUGCCCAAGAGGCAGCGUGCCUGCAACACGGAGCCCUGCCCACCCGACUGGGUUGUAGGGAACUGGUCGCGCUGCAGCCGGAGCUGUGACGCCGGCGUGCGCAGCCGCUCAGUGGUGUGCCAGCGCCGCGUGUCGGCGGCGGAGGAGAAGGCCCUGGAUGACAGCGCAUGCCCGCAGCCGCGCCCACCCGUUCUGGAGGCCUGCCACGGGCCCACCUGCCCUCCAGAGUGGGCCACCCUUGACUGGUCGGAGUGCACCCCCAGCUGCGGGCCGGGCCUCCGCCACCGUGUCGUCCUCUGCAAGAGUGCGGACCACCGCGCCACGCUGCCGCACGCACACUGUCCCCCGGCGGCCAAACCGCCGGCCACCAUGCGCUGCAACCUGCGCCGCUGCCCCCCAGCCCGCUGGGUGGCUGGCGAGUGGGGUGAGUGCUCCACCCAGUGCGGUGUGGGGCAGCAACAGCGCACCGUGCGCUGCACCAGCCACACCGGCCAGCCGUCCCGGGAGUGCACUGAGACGCCGCAGCCGCCCACCACGCAGCAGUGCGAGGCCAAGUGUGACAGCCCGCCCGCCGGGGACGGCCCCGAAGAAUGCAAGGAUGUGAACAAGGUCGCCUACUGUCCCCUGGUGCUCAAGUUCCAGUUCUGCAGCCGAGCCUACUUCCGCCAGAUGUGCUGCAAGACCUGCCAGGGCCGCUAGGGGGCGCGGCACCUGGCCCCGCAGUGGGGCGCCGGCUGGGGAGGCUGGGGAAGGGGCCGCCCUCCUGAAGGAGCCCCGGGUGACGGGGCCUGAACGUGAAGGGUGAGACGGAGCUGGAAGUUAUUUAUUGGGAACCCCUGGCUGAGGGGUAGAGAGGGGCUGGCGACGCCCAGGGCACCUGCUCGGCCCCUGUGCCAGUUCAGAGGGAAGCCCCUUCCCGGAGGGCUCGGAAGAGGGAACAGCUGGUCACCUGUCGCCCUUGCACCCACGCUCGGGAGCCUCCAGCACGCCCACCCCCUUUGAUUGGAAUAUGUACUGUGACAAGUGGGGGUGGGGAGGGGGUCUGCCGGUGCUGUCACCCCAGCACUGCCCUGUCUCUCUCCUCUGAGCUGGGGGUGCGGGGCCUGCGGCUGCCUUGGAAAAAGAGGCCUGCACACCUCGCUGAGGCGCCCCGCCCGCCCGGAGUGCUGCAGGAGCGGGGCAGAGAUGGGAAGAACUACCCCGGCCUCCACCCUGCCGGCCCCAGGGACCCCCCCGUCCAGGCUGCCCCCACCAUGGUGCUACAGGCGCUGCCUGGGCCCCCGCUCGCCAGGAAGCCCUGCAUCAAUAAAGUCAUCUUGUGUAGAUCCCGCGUGCGGCUGUCGCUGCGGCCGGGGCCGCUCAGCAGAGGCCUCAGACGGGAAGUGGCCACGG